AUGCCUUUCUUCAGGGGACUAACAAAGAAAAAACUUUUUCCCUCUGCCUCUGCUGAAAAGCGGAAGAAAGAGUAUGAUUGUUAUUUACAGAAUGGAAGUUGCGUGCUUGAGGAGUUUCUUGCUUUAUGCGACGGAAAUUGCAGAAUUCCCAUCCGUUACUUUACUGCCAUAGAGAUCGACAGGGCAAUAAAACACACUAAAAGCAAAAUGGAGCUUUCCAAUGUGUAUAUGGUUACGGGCUCGCUAGACAACCGCCUCGUUUUAGUUAGGUUCAACAAUUGUGAGUUCAACAAUAUCCACCGAGAUAUAGCGAUUACUGCUCAAAUGAGUCAUCUCAAGAAUGUGUUAAGACUUGUCGGUUGCUGUCUAGAAUUUGAAGAGCCAGUUAUGGUGUAUGAAUAUGUUGAAGGUAUAUCUCUCAGCGAUCUACUUUUCAAAAAGGGUAAUAUUAAUAAAAAAUCAUCACUAUCUUGGGGAAAUCGAUUACGGAUUUCCAAUAAGGUUGCUUCUGCAAUCGUUUUUUUGCAUACCGAAUUUACUACGCCCAUUAUCCACAGAGAUUUGAAGGCUCAGAAUGUGAUAAUAGAUGAGAAGAGCGGCGUUGCCAAAAUAGUAGACUUCUCAUUGUCCAUAUCACUGCCUCCGGGAGAAUUGGAGGUACAAGAUCGAGUGUGUGGAACAAUCUGGUAUAUAGCUCCAGAACAUAUCCACCAGGGUAUUAUUACUCAAAAAACUGAUGUCUACAACUUUGGGAUUCUUCUCUUUCAGCUAUUAACCGGAAAGGAAGUGUGCGGUAGUGUGGGAUCCGAUGAUGAUGUUAUGGAUAGAGCGGAUUCUAAAAAUUCAAAAGAGACAACAGAUUUCGAAGAAGAUAACUCUAUGCAUAGGAUGGAUUCUGCAAUUCCAGAAGAAAUAAUAGAUAUUGAUAAUCUUCCACCCAACCUCGUCGAUCACUAUAUUAAAGAGUGUAAUAUAAUGGAUAUAGCGGAUCCUACCAUUUUCAAAGAGCAUGGAAUUGAGAUUCAACAACAAUUGAAAGACUGCUUGAAUCUUUCUAGGAAAUGCACAGCUGACAAGGGAGAAGAUAGACCAUACAUGAUUCAUGUCGCAAGGGAAUUGUGUCGUAUUGAGAAGGGUUUCCCUCUUGAUCAAAAUUAA